AUGUUAAAAAAUCCAGCAAAAAAGACCAAAAUAGAAAAAAGAGACAAUAAUAAAAGCGUUGACUCAACGUCGACUAGCACAACAGUAAUAACUGUUGGGUCAAGUGAAGUUGAAAUAAAUACUGUCAAUUUAGGAGAAAAAACCCCGGAUUUUUUGAACACCAUUUACAAGUUGGCGAAAGGACUUGAUGAUCCAGCUAUCCGGCACAAACAGCAACGCGACGCCAUUAAGAUUCUACACUCUGUAAUGCAAAAUCAUUUACUCAACAUUCUACUCGAUGACAAAGCCUCAGAUAUCUUGAUGUGUGUUUUUAACCGAGGACGAGCCCCUAUUAAGAAAAAGAUCCUGAUUGAACUUGAAGGUGAUUUGUUUCAAAUCGCGCAGACAGAUAAUGGAAGACGAUUGAUUGAAAUUAUGCUGAGAGAACGGUCAAUUGAGAAAGCACGAAUUAUCCAAGCAUUUUUCGGGAAGGUGUCCGAGUUGCUGAAGAAUAAAAUUGGCAGUUAUAUCAUGGAGGCUGUCUACACUGAGUCGACUUCCGAUCAAAAAGCUCGGUUUAUUUCUGAAGUUUAUGGAAUAAAGAAUAGCAAUGAUAAUUCAAUAUUAAAGUUAAACGGCAUAAUCGAUCAAAAUGUGCUUCGAAAAAAUGAAAUUCUUUGUGUGGUAGCUCGAAAUAUUCUUAAUAUUGUAAAUGAAGAGACGAUCAAACAUACAAUUGUCCAAGAUAUGAUCAUCGAGUACUUGACCCAUACACAAAUCAAAGAGGGUCAAAUAAUUACAGGGAAAAUUAACAAAUUUAUUGGGUCAAUAGUGAAUACCAAAAACGGAAUACAUCUUGCCAGACUUUGUUUCUAUCAUGGGACAGCAAAAGAUCGACGAAUAAUGCUAAAAUCAAUGGUAUCAAAAUUCGCAUCGCUAUGCAAAUCCGAAUAUGGUCAUCUACUCAUAGUCACCAUAUUCGAAUCUGUGGAUAAUGUUGAUAUGGUAUAUAAAGUCGUGCUCACGGAAAUUAUUCUAAAUCUACAAAAAAUAAUGGAAAAUGACUAUGGUAGGAUAUGCCUCGUUCAUUUGCUUACCGGACGUUCAGCACUCUUACCACAGGAGACUAAACGAGCCUUGGCAAGCAUGGAUCACAUUCGCUCGCGAGCCAGUCAAAAAGAUACCAGAAACAAAAUGAAAAAACUCGCGAAAAAAAUAUCGCCCGUUUUAUUUAGAUAUAUUAGAGAUUAUCCCCAUAAAUUUUUUGUCAGUGAUAACACGGGAAUGAUAUUGUGUGUCGUGUUGUUCUAUGCGAAUGGUAAUUGGGUAAAGGCGGUCAAUAGGUUAAUUGAAUUCAUUAAAGCCACACCACCACAACAGAAUGUAAUGUUGUCGCAGUAUAAUCGGUAUCUUUGUAUGCUUGCUCAUAACAGAUUCGAUCUAUCGCAGAAUUGGUCACUUAUGGCGGCACCACCUAAUAAUUUGGACUUUGCUGUGAAAUUAUGGGGGUGUAUUCGGAAUCAUUUAGAGUUUUACGCAACUAAUGCUGCUAGUUCUCGCGUUUUGGCGUCUCUUUUGAAGAUCAAUAAAGUUAAGUCACAAGUCAAGAUUGCAUUGAAGCCUCAUGAGGAGGUGAUAAGACAGACUGCGAAUGAAAAUUGUCCAAGUAUUAAUUGGGUAGCUCAACAUUUUGGUUGGACAAAAUUCUAUACUAAGGAAUCCAUUGAUUAUUAA